GGAAUAAUUUUAAAUAUAAUACCACUUAUUUUCUCCUAUGUAUUGAGUUUUAUUGUGGAUAUUUUGAUGACAAUAAUUAAUAGUGUCAGUUUUAAUAUAAUUGUAAGUAUUUUGACACAUCCAUUUGAUGUAAUAUUAAGUCUACCUAAAAUAUACAAUUUAUCAAAUAUUUAUGUUAUUACCAAUUUUUCUUAUUGUUUUUCAAUUUUUUCUGCAAUAUGGAUAACAGCAGUUUUAGAAUAUCAUUUUAUAAUUUUUAAUUUUAUUUUCAAUAAAUAUGACUCGAAAGUGCUUACUUCAUUAAAUAAUUUUCCAAUGCACAACCAAUGUUCAUAUCAUGAUGAAUUUUUCGUUGUUAGUUGUAUUUAUAAUUAUUUGAAGGAUAUAAGUUAUAGGAUAAAAGGAAAUAAUAUUGAAAUUACCAAUAUGGAUAAAAAAACUAAAUUAAAGUUAUUAUUAUUUAAAAAACUUAUACUUAUGAAUGCAAGCUUAAAAUAUAAAGAUGAAAUAAAUAUACUAAGUCAUUUAUGUAACCCCAUACAUACAAUAUUAUUUGAAGACAACAAAUUUUGGAAUGCUUAUAUUGAUUCAUGUAUAUUGUGUAUAGAUGAUUUAAUUAGUCAAUUAAAAAAAUAUAUAAAUAUUUUAAAUCAUGAUCAAACUGUAUAUUCAUUUGAAGAAAAGUUAGAAAUCAAAAAUGUUUUAGAAACCAGUCGGAUAAAUAAAUUAAAGGAUACCAUCAUAUUAACUUGUAUUUAUUUAAAAGGAGUUUCACUGUGGUCAAUAGCAAUAAGUAUUAUAUGUAAGAAUGUUAUAGUAUCAGUUAUUAGGAAAUUGUCAUCAAUUAUAGUUUCCUUAUCAUAUGUUUUAUUUGAUUUUUUGAACUUUAUUAAAAUAAAUGAGUUAUAUGAUCCCUUACACCACUUGCUUUAUGAAAUGAAUUCCAUUGUAGACAUUUUUAAAUUUUAUAAAGAAGAUAUAUUAGAUAACAAAUAUCAAUAUUCCUACAAUCUAUAUAAGGGUUUAUCAUAUUUGUUUAGAAACAGAUCACUGAAUUAUUAA